UCAGUGGCUAAAGCAAGUCCUCCGAGAACCACCAUCGAGCGCCUUCAGCAUGUCGGGUCGUCCCAGGACCACAUCCUUCGCGGAGAGCUGCAAGCCGGUACCGCAGCCGUCCGCCUUCGGCAGUAUGAAAGUCAGCAUGCCACGCCCGCCCAAUGACUGUCUGUCUCUCUCAGGGGAUAAAGAUGGCAGCAAGGUAACAACAGUGAUGGCCACUCCAGGCCAAGGCCCCGACCGGCCACAGGAGGUCAGCUACACGGACACCAAAGUCAUCGGCAACGGUUCGUUUGGGGUCGUCUACCAGGCCAAGCUGUGUGACUCUGGAGAGUUGGUGGCCAUCAAGAAGGUGUUGCAAGACAAGAGGUUUAAGAAUCGUGAGCUGCAGAUUAUGAGGAAGUUGGACCACUGCAACAUUGUCCGACUGCGAUACUUCUUCUAUUCCAGUGGAGACAAGAAAGAUGAAGUCUACCUGAACUUGGUUCUGGAUUACGUUCCUGAGACGGUCUACAGAGUGGCCAGACAUUACAGCCGAGCCAAGCAGACUCUGCCAAUGGUUUAUGUCAAGCUGUACAUGUACCAGCUCUUCAGAAGUCUGGCCUACAUCCAUUCAUUCGGGAUCUGCCACCGGGACAUCAAGCCUCAAAACUUGCUCCUGGAUCCCGAGACGGCUGUGCUGAAACUCUGCGACUUUGGCAGUGCCAAGCAGCUUGUCCGCGGAGAGCCCAACGUGUCCUACAUUUGCUCUCGCUACUACCGAGCCCCCGAGCUCAUUUUUGGGGCCACUGACUACACCUCCAGCAUAGAUGUGUGGUCAGCAGGCUGUGUGCUAGCAGAGUUGUUGCUAGGACAACCGAUCUUCCCUGGUGACAGUGGUGUGGAUCAGUUGGUUGAAAUUAUUAAGGUUCUCGGCACACCAACCCGGGAGCAGAUCCGCGAGAUGAAUCCAAAUUAUACAGAGUUCAAAUUCCCCCAGAUCAAGGCCCAUCCUUGGACUAAGGUGAGUCAACAGACGUCUGUGUGUGCGAUGGGUGUGCAGGUGUUCCGGCCGCGUACGCCCCCAGAGGCCAUCGCCCUGUGCUCGCGCUUGCUGGAAUACACGCCCACCGCGCGCCUCACGCCCCUGGAGGCCUGCGCACACUCUUUCUUCGAUGAGCUACGUGACCAGAACGUCAAGCUGCCCAAUGGUCGCGAGAAACCCUCACUCUUCAAUUUUACCACCCAAGAGUUGUCCAGUAAUCCAUCUUUAGCCUCCAUACUCAUCCCCGCCCAUGCUCGGAGUCAGGCUGCCGCCUCCACCCCAACCAACCCCUCUGCCACCACAGACGGCAGCAACACAGAGCGAGUCUCCAACACCACAACCGCCUCGGCUUCGGCUUCCAACUCCACUUCCUGAGCACGCCGUCAUCUUCCGCCCACCCGGUCUCAGCCCCCAGUCCGCGGCUUCCCCACUGUUGACCCGGCCGGCACAACAGGCUACAACCGCAAAUGAAAAUCUGCCUUUUAGCUCCCUCACAAGGCGAGCCGAGCCCCCUUUGCCAUCCAGUUGUUGGCCGUCUCUCAGUGGGCGGGGCGGCGGCACAGAGAAACAGGUGUGUACACUUUAUUGUGCACACAAAGCUCAUCUGCUAAUGUUUUCCAGGACGAUUGUAUGUAUUAUAAAAAAGAAAAAGAAAAAAAAAGAAUAAGAAUCUGAAACUGCGCCCAACCAGCCCUGCCCGCCCCGUACACUUUGCUCCAUUUAAUGGCAUCCUCACCACCCCAAUUCUCCUUAAUACUUUUCCUCCUAUAUAAUGCAUGGCCUGAAAAUGGUUAGGGGAUGGGUCUGCCGGGGUUGGCUGGGGUGCAGUCUAGGCAUGAGGCUUGUGCAAGCACACACAAACACACAACACACAUACAAACAACACUCACUCUCACACAGACACACACACACACACACCCACACACACACGGAUGCAUGUGCAAAGAAGCAAAUCCAGAUGGGAAUUUUGUUUUCCUUUAGCCAGGGCUUGUUUUUAAACUGCUUAGCAAGCCGUUUUACUCAACUUUGUUUUAAAAUAUUUUUCGACCCCGCUCGGGCCAUUAUUUUAUUUUAUUUUUUUUGCGUCAGAUGUGACAUGUUUAUCUGGUCCUGUGUGCUUGUAUAAUAUAUACAUACAAAAAAUUGCAUUACAUACACAAUUUAUAUAUUACUUUUCCUUAUGUAUAAAAAGUAUAUAUAGAUAUAUGGAUAUUAACUACUACGGUUCAGAAGUCUGUUAAUGGGUGAGGUCAUAUCCAUCAUUAGAGGCGGCAAUAUUUGCUGUUUGAUGACAAACAAUACCCCCCCCCCCCCUAGUUUUGCUGAAAUGUGCUAAAAUCCCAGCAUCCCUCCCCCCGUUUUCCAUUUAUCAUCUUUUAUUGACGUGUGGGUGGAUCAGGGUGGGGGAUCCCUCUCCAUGCACACGUUGCUAUGCUUUAAAAAAUAUGACAUACAAAUUCACUAGCAUGAAAAAUGUAGCUCGAAAAUGCUCAUGAUGUAUACGAAUGAUCCAUCAUACAGAUGGUUUUAUUUUUAUUAUUUUAGUGUGGCCUUUGGAGGACAUUAGAAAAACUAGAUCCCUUUUUGGCCAAACAAAUUGCAGCUGACCUAAAAUGGCCCUUCAUAGGACAACUUAAAAUGACUGGCGAUUGGCUAAAAGUGCACCAAUAUAGAAAUGGCGUCCUACAAGAAAAACUAAACUAUAACCCCUAAUUGGACAAAUUGAGGUUUCCCACCCUUCUCCAAGGAGCCCUUUGUAACCACUAAGUCAUCCACCUUGGCUCCUACUUGCGUUUGCCAAAGCCCAUCAAAGCAUCUUCUAACUGAUAACACACAAAAAAGGAGAAAAAAAACAAAAAAAAAACAGCCCGAACUGUAAAUACAAUAUAAAUGCUCCUCACCAAAAGUCAUUUUUCUUUUUGUGUUAUGUACAUAUGCAGACCCAUGUACUGUUUAAAAAAAGCAAAAGAGACAAUAAACACACCAACAGCGGAAUCAGGGCAAAUGUUGAGCAGUUGAUGGAUAUUUUCGAUGAUCUUUAUCCAGCCAUAUGUCCGAUGUUGACCUGUACAGUACAGUAGAUCUUGUAAUGACAACUAGUCAUGUAUAGUGUAACUAUAGUUUGGAGUGCCUUUGCUUUCAUACACUUUCGCCUUGUCGCCACCCCUACAGUAAUCGUGACUCCCCCCUUCCCCCACCCCCCUUUGGUGCUGUUGAACCCCCCCUCACCCCCACACAUGCACACAAAAACACAUUUCAUUGUAAUAUACAGAUUGUUGAUUGACUGUUAAUAGUAAGGAUAGUUUCCUUUUAGUGUUUGUUUGAGUAGGUGGUAUAGAUUUAUCUGGGACACGCGCACAAGAUGGCAGUAACGCACAAGGACCUCAAAUAAAAAAAUUGAAAAAAUGACUGUACAUAUAAUGAAAAUGCAGUACAGUAUUAUGACGGUGUAUCAGGGCCACAGGGGGAAAAAAAAAUCGAAAGUGAUGGAAUUGCAGCAAAGUUGAAAUGUUGCCAGGAGAAAAUGUUAAUGUUACAUGAGGAUUAAGUAGUCAUGACCAAAGUUGUUUGAAAUAAUGCAGGGCAGUAUUGUGUAUGUAUGAAAUGAAAGUAAUACAAAAUGAGAAAAUUACAAAGAAGCGACUUGUGUGAAUUAAAUUGCAAUUUUACCUGAUGAAAGUUGAAAUAUAUUUUGAAAGACAAUUAAAUCCGAUCACAAAUUGAAACAUGAGCUAAAAGUGAUGACUUUUGAUGAUGUCAUGGUUUCGGUACAAGUUUCAUUAAGAAAUUAAAUAUGAAAAAUUAAAUACUUAGACCAUUAACACUUGGUCUUAUUCGACCAAUUAUUGCAAUUCGACAACAAAAAAUUAAAUUCUCAUAAACAGAUAAAUGAUUGUACUCAUAAACCCUUCCAAAAUCCCAACUUUAUUUUUGUAAAAUACAUUUUGACGUGAGUUUUGAUCAUCGCAACUUUAUAUUCUAAACUUUCUCCAAACAUUUUUUCCAUGCAUCAUUAUGCCUUAAAUCUCAUAUCUCACAUGCUUUGUAAUAACAUCUCACCUUUGUCCUUGCAAUAUUCUUUUUCUUGAAAGAUUAAAAAAAAGUGAUUACAAGUUAAAAGUUGUAACAUUGCAAUAAUGACGUUGACAGUUUCAGUUGUAACAAUACACUUUUUCCUCAUCGUCACUUCUCCUCGUAAAUUAUGAUCCCGGCCCCCUUUGUAACAUGCCUUUCUUGUGUCAUUACAAUUUAACUCUUGUAAUAACCCACAUUUAUCUCUCUUUUGUUAUUACUUUUAGCCUCAUAUUGCUGCAAUUUAUUGUUGUUAACCGUCAGAUGACAGCUUUAUUUAGUAGCAGUACAAGCUAUUGUCCUAAUAUUCUAACUAACUUAUUAUUAUAACUAAUUUAUACCCCAAGUUAUAAAAAUGCUACUUUUGCUCAUAACAUUACCACUUCAUUCUUGAACAUUACAUUACGACAUUAAUCUCUCAUUAUUUUAGUUUAUAUUUUAUUUUAUGAAGUAUUAAAAUUCCGUAACAUUGCGGCUAUCACCGGAAUAUUACAACUGUUAACCUGCAAUAUUAUUGUAUCGUUACAACUUAAUUCUCACAAUAGUCCAACUUUGUUUUCAUAAGCUUACAACUGUAGCCACUUAAUUCAUUGUUUUUUAUUAGCAUUUACUCAUAACAUUGCGACUUUUGUCACAGACAUUGCCCCCCCCCCCCCGCUUAAUUGUGGCCCUCGUAGUCCUUGUAAAACGUAGGUAGUAACAACUUGUUUUCCUUUUACUGGAUGUCUGACAUAUUUGGGAAGGUUUGUCCAGUAUUCAGUAGCACCUAAGGGUUCGAGUCAUGCAACCUCUCUCCCACCUCCUGCUUGCUGUAAGUUUGCACCCACAAACAUUUUGCAGCCCUCCACAAGUACCACUUCCCCUCUCCUAAAUAGCUACUUCGAUAAAAGCACCACAAAAUUUGCCAAAAAAAGAAGCGGAAAUGCUCGUGUUCCAUGGUAACGUAGCACAAUGUGCUAACCGGGUUUAAGAAAAGACAAUUGUUGAAAAGACUCUGAAAAGAAAAUCCCAUAUAACAGUACUACUUGAAUGACUCUGUGACUGAACAUUUUUAUUUCAUGUUUUCUUUUGUUCUGUGAAGUUAUGCUAAAUGUGCGCCUCUGUAAAUAUUCCCUCUGCGUGCUCUGAGGAAUAGUUCCCCUGGUACUGUAAUUUGCAUUAAAUAAAGAGUAGGAUAGCCUGGAAAAGAAAAAA